GCUGCCCGGGAGCAUCGGCGCGGGGAGCUGACGGGAAAAAGAGGAGGAAGACUGGAACGCAAAGCUAGGAAGCUCCGGGAGGUUUGUCGGACAAGUUGUACAAUGAACUAACGAUUCUGAGGCGAUUUUAAUAAGACAAACCGCUCUGACAAUGAUCCGGUUACUGAGCCGCGGGUCUCCGAAGGCUGCUGGAGCCGCGCAGUCCAAGUGGCUGAAGGACGCGACGAGCAGACAACUGCACAGCGCGUAUGAUGUGGCCGUGGUGGGCGGCGGCAUCGUGGGCUUGGCCACGGCCAGAGAGCUGAUUCUCCGACACCCGUCCCUCAGCUUCAUCCUAUUGGAGAAGGAGAAGGAGCUCGCUGUGCAUCAGAGUGGGCACAACAGUGGAGUCAUUCACAGCGGGAUCUACUACACGCCGGGCUCCCUGAAGGCCCGUCUGUGUGUGCGCGGAGCCACGUUGGCCUACGAGUACUGCGAGAAGAAAGGACUCCCUUACAACAGAUGUGGAAAGCUUAUUGUGGCUGCGGAGCAGGAGGAGAUCCCUAGGCUGAAAGCUCUGUACGAGCGUGGGAUGAAGAACAACGUGCGCGACCUCAGCAUCAUCGAUGCCAAGGCCAUCCGAGAGCGAGAGCCGUACUGCAGGGGUAUCAUGGCCUUGGAUUCUCCCUACACCGGCAUUGUGGACUGGAGGAUGGUGGCGCUCAGGUACGGCAAAGACUUUGAGGAGGUGGGCGGCUCGGUGGUUACCGAAUACGAUGUCAAAGACAUUUCCAUGGUGAAGGAGAGCCCAGCUGGCAGCACUGAAGGAAUGAAAUAUCCAAUCGCAAUCAGAGACCAGAAGGGAAAGGAGGUGCGGUGUCGUUACGUCCUGACCUGUGGAGGCCUGUACUCGGACCGCCUGUCGCAGAUCUCCGGGUGCAGCCGGGAGCCGCGGAUCGUCCCCUUCAGAGGAGACUAUCUGGUCCUGAAACCGGAGAAGCACUACCUGGUCAAAGGGAACAUCUAUCCCGUACCUGACCCUCGUUUCCCCUUCCUCGGCGUCCACUUCACUCCACGGAUGGAUGGGAGCGUGUGGCUCGGUCCUAACGCAGUGCUUGCCUUCAAACGGGAGGGUUACAAAGUCUAUGACUUCAAUGCCAGAGACUUUGCCGACGCAAUCUCAUUCAGGGGCCUUCAGAAGCUGGUGAUGAAGAACAUAGCUUAUGGGAUUGGAGAAAUGUAUAGAGGCAUUUUCAUCGGUGCACAGGUUAAAAUGCUGCAGAAGUACAUUCCGGAAAUCUCACGGAGUGACGUGCUCAGGGGUCCUGCGGGAGUUCGAGCUCAAGCCCUCGACCGGGACGGAAACCUCGUGGACGACUUUGUUUUCGACGGUGGCGUCGGGGACGUGGGCAGUCGGGUGCUACACGUGCGCAACGCUCCCUCGCCGGCGGCCACCUCCUCCCUCGCCAUCGCAGAGAUGAUCGCGGACGAGGUGGAGGGCCGCUUCUCGCUGUAGAGCGACGCCGCGGUGGACACAGAAAGGAAAAACGGGGGAAUCAAACCAAAAAAACUUCAAUAUGUGAAUCGAGCUGUCUCUCUACGUCAGCAUCGUCGAGCCUUAAUUAAGGAGGGGGGAGGUCAUGUGAUGUGACAUAUCUGUGACUUAAUUACAUUUCUUCCAAACUAUUUUUACUGAAGUUUUGCUAUUUCAGGUUUCAUCAAUCUGUCAACUCCACUACAUUACAAAGUAAAAGUCAUUUUUCUUAACGACUUUUCCGUGUUGUUGUAUUGAAUGUGAAUGGGAAUAUUACCACAAAGUUGGAGAGCAGUUUGAUUCUGUUGUUUGGGUAUUGUAGAGUUUACUGAGUUUCACCCCCAAAACCGGAGUAAAUCAAUUUUGGGGAAUUUUUAAGCCAAAAAAUGUCAAAUUAAAAUUUGAGAUUUUUUUUUAUGAUCCCGAUUUGACCAAGCAUUCAUUUGAGACAUUGGGUAUAAUUUUUUUUAUUUUAUAUGUAUCUCAUUUUGGAAGUUAACUCCUUACCUAACGCACAGUUACACCUGCAGAACACAGAGUUUUGUGAGGGAAAAAAGGUUUUGCUUAUUCCACUUCACAGUUUUUUGGACAUUGGACAGUUUUGUCCAAUGUCCAUAUCAGGACUAGAUAUUCUAGUUUUGUCAUAUUAUAUGAGGGCAAACUACGGUUAGGCUUCACAUGUUUCUGAAUAUGUCCAGAGAAUGUUUGUGUUAAAAAAACUCAGCAUCAUCUCUGAUUGACAAACGAUUGUCAAUUUAUUUUUCUGCCAAAAAUAUGUAUUUCUGAAUAGCAAAUAAUAACAAUAAAUUUCAUUUAUAGAGCACUUUACAUUGCUAAAAGCAAUCUCAAAGUCAAGCAAAUGUAUAAAUGUUUGUGGUUUGAGCCACAAAGUUCUUAAAUAUAGACUUCACAUUACCUGGUAUGUUAUUGUAAGGUUUUUUUUAUUAUUAUAAGAAACAAAUAUUUCUAAGGUGCAAAGAGAAAUGAAAUAGUGGAAUGAAAAAGAACAUUACUGUGUUGGCUUCUUGUUUAAUACAGAUGUUGCUGGAGAUUUGACCUUUAUCAGUUUUUUUUUUUAACUCCAGCACUUAUUCAGUUUGACCACGUGGAGGCAGAAUUGCUGCAGCAAACAUACCGAAUGAGCUCCUGUGUCUAAAUUAAAUUCAGGGUUUUUUCCCCCAAUUUUUUCCUUCACACUGUUUGUUCUGUUCACGAUUCUGCAAAUGCUACAAAAUAAAGUGCCUUUUAUUUACUUAA